AUGGACCUAGACGAUGAUUUAUGGCUACAAAUUUUGCAAGCGGGCCUUGAAAGUAACAAUUAUCCCAUCGUAAAGGAAGUUUACACGAGGCAUAUAAUGGCUGGUUUCUCCAAUGCAAAGAUUACCCUUGAGGAAGCCGUGCUAUCGUUGAUUUCCCAACUGAACAAAAUAUUUGAGUCGAUGACUAGUUCCCUCUUGAUGCGUGUCCUUCACGUGUUGGCAAUGCACGGUGAUACUUCCCUCACGAUGGACUUGAUCGAAAGUCAUUUCUUUCACAAAGUUGUUGCGGGAGGUUCUGCUUUGAAUAAGGAACUUUGCGUGAGAAUCAUUGAAAGUCAUUGUUAUAGUACUGCAAAUGGCGGGACAAGUUUUGAGGAGAUUCUUGACCUAAUUGAUGUUUUCGCCAUGAAGGAAGUCGAGGGUGGUAUAGUGUCCACUGAUUUGUUCCAAGCGAUGAAUCAUAAAUUUGCAAACUACAAGUUAUCCGCUGGCGAAGCAGAAUCUCUUGAUUCCAAAGUGGUGAAACCUAAAGAUAGAGGUGGCGUUCUCUCACUUGCGAAAGCGGCUACACUCUAUGAUUUUGCUGUCCAUAGUAUGGAGUAUGCACAACGUCUACAUCCAAGAACACAAGCUAUCUUCAUCGACUGCCUAUUGAACUAUGUUGCGACAUACUUGAAUCAUACUGGUGUUGUACAAACAUUAUCGGCAUUGCAUUACGCAAACACAUCUGUUGUUAAAGAGUUGGGUACCCUGUCUUUCAACCUGAUAUUAUACUCGUUGUCGAAAUCGUCAUCAAAACGCUGCGCAUUGCAUUACUUAAAGUAUAUGAAAAGUGUUGGGAUAAAGCCAUCAUCACAGAUGUAUUCGUGGAUGAUUAAAUGUGCAAUGAGGGAACACUAUGAGCAACCAGUUCUAUUUUUCCUUUGGCAUUACUUUCAAGAUCAUGCCACUUUACAAGGUACAAUGAAACAAACCGUUCAGGACUUACCCAACCGCGGUCUUGUAGGCAACUUCAAGACGCAAUUAGGAAACAACAACGAUGCUUUAUUUGAUCUGCUUGGUAUUGAGUUGAAUGAGAAUUGUAUUACAGCCAAGAGUGGACCUCUUACUCACAGCAAAUACUAUGAAACUUAUGACUUGCAUGAUUUGGCCAAGUUGGAAACAAUUUUUCCUGUGACGUAG